AUGCCGAUCAGUGCCCACAAGGUCCCAGAUGGGGCUGACGACGAGAACAAGGCUGACGACAAUGUUGCAACCAAACGCCAACUCAAAAUGGAAGCCGAGGACUUGAGGCACAUCAUUGACACCCUCCAGCUCACAGGAAAUACGAAACUAAACCUUCAAAACUUUGUCAACAUUGACUGGCCCCCUUUCGGUCCACCAUUUGUGGGAGGCACCCCACCGUCGACCUCAGAGGGAGGAUAUGCAGUCAUACGCUUGCUGGCAGACCUUCAUUUUCGAGAGCUGGAGUCCCGCUUGGCGAAGGAGGAUGUCUCGGCGCUGACACAAGAGCUCAACUCCACCAAAGAGAAGCUCAAGGAUGUUGAAGGCUAUCAUAAAGCCAAGGUUACCCGGCUCUCAAACCUACUCAACGCAGAGACUAAAGAUACUCUGCGCUUCACAGGCGAUUACCUGCAGCUCCGCAUGAAAUUUGGUGCAGCACUCCACCGUGGACACCACCUCAAACAAGAGAAUGAGAAACUCAAGGCCAACAAUACAUCCCUACAGUUGAGGGCCAAGGAGGGCCAAGCUGUAGCUGAUGAGGCGGCAAAGGUGAAGGAAGAAGUCUUAUACCUCAGAGGAAAAGUCCAAGCUCUGAACAAUCUCAAGCACGAAAACAUCCAACUGAAGAAACAGAAAGAGCGUUCACGCAUCAAACAGCGAGAUGAAGAAAUACAGCAGUUGUGUGCAGAACUUGACGAGCUGCAAACUUCCUUGGUGGAAAAGAGCUUGACACACGCGCCAAAUGAUGAAACUUUGACCCAGCGCUACUUCAGAACACUAAAGACCACGAGCUCGAAGCUGACGGCAAUGUCCCAAAGAAUCUCCGCCAUGACUGACGCCGACAGAGCGGGUGCAGGCUGGUGCCUCGUCGAGCAACAAGAGAAUGUAGUCAAGGCUCACACCCGUGACAUAAUCAAGGAUAUUGACCAGAGCCUUGCUCUUGGCGGCGAAGCUGGCAGAGGGCAGGCUCGGGAACUCGAUGAAAAUGAAUUUCCCGCCUUGGGUGCAAGCUUGAAGACCACCACGGCAGCAAUUGCUGGCAGCAGUGGUGCUCCGUGGGGAAGUUCCAGUCGGUCCCCGGCCCCAGCUGGACGGGGCGUCAGCGACGCAACAGCAGACGACCGCGACCAAGGCUGGACAACAGUCAGCACCCGGACGUCUCCUCGGAAACUCAAGCACGAUCCUAUCGACACCGCUGCCAAUCCCACCGCGAGUGCCAGCACUACCUCCAACAAGAAUCGCGUCGGCCAGAAAUCCAAGACCUAG